AUGGAUACAUUCAUGAACACUAAAGAUGAGCUUGAGCAUGUUGCUUUCCUUGUCUUGUGGCUAAGAUACUUUGUGUUUCCAUCAGGCUUCCAUUAUCUCUAUGUAACUAUGUUUCCAAUUGCUAUUCAUCUUUCAAGUGGUACUAAGACUGCUCUUGUUGUUCUUGCUCAUUUGUCUAUAGAGCUAAGUCUCGAUCCUCAUCACAUCGAGAUACUCAACUUUCUAUGCAACAACUUAGUUGUUGAAAACCCCAAUGGAUGCAUUCUUGCUCAAGCUCGUGGACCUGAAAAGACGUAUUUGAUGAUCAACUUCAUAUAUGACCUGUAUCAAAACGACGAUAAAAGGAAAAAGGUCGUGGCACUAGAAAAUCAAGAAGCUGGUGGAAGUUGUGUCGAUGGAAAUGUGGCUCAUUGGUUUUCGAAAACUAAGUUCAAUGGAUUAGUGGACGUACCAAUUGUGUAUUUGGCCUUGGAAGAAAAUGUAGUUAAGAAUGAUCUUACAUUGAGAAGCUCACUUAAACAUGUCAUCAUUGGCGGUAGCAGCGGAGGCAGUAACAGUGGUAAAGGGCUAGCCAAUGAUUUGUACUUAGAUGUAAAUGAAUUGGUCGAAGUUCAAGUGAGAAGUGAUAAAGAAAUCAAUAUGAUGAAAGACAAAGGAAAAACAAUAUUCGACUUUAACGAAGCUAUUUGGCCAAAAGAUGAACCAAUAUCAAACACAUUUGAGAAAAGUGGAGCAACACUGACAAAUUGUGAGCAUUCUUGGAUAUGGAAGCAAGGUCUUGGUCAUACUUGUUGGAUAUGUGGUAUCAUUGACAAGGAUCAUCCGUUGCCACCCGGAUUCGGAUCGAAUAUCUGCAAAGAUAUCAAGAUGAGAGUUCCUAAAGAUGGCUUUUCAGGAACUGGCAUUUUUCCACAUCCUUUGCAUAGAAUGAUUAUGAAACCACAUCACUUCGAGAUACUCAAUUUUCUCUACAAGAACUUGGUUGUGGAAAACUCAAAUGGAUGCAUCAUAGCUCAAACUCCAUUAUCUGAGAAGACCUUCUUGAUGAUCAGUUUCAUCUAUGGUUACUUAGAAAAGCACCCAAAUAGUAAAUCUCUAUUUGUGCUUCCUAAGUGGGUGUUGAACGGUUUAAAGCGAUGGAUCAAAACCCGGAGUAUUAUCUUCUUAGGUGCCAAACAAUUCUCCAACAUAGUAUCUGAUAACAGUGGUGCAGAAGCUUCAGAUUCUUGUAGGGAUAUUCUCUUAAAUAUUCUUUCGGUUGUUGUUUUCGACAGAGGAACUGAUCCGAGGAACGAGAUGAUGUGCUUUCUUAAGGUUGUUUCUCGUAUUAAGACGCCACAUAAGGUUCUACUCACUGGCUCACUGUACAAAAACAACAUUAAGGAGGUUUUCAACAUCUUUGAUGUUGCUUUCCCUAAUUUCUGA